AUGCCCACCAUCAAUCUCCCUGCUGGUAGUAGCACGCAGUUGGAGCCACGUCCUGCGCAUCAGCAUCAUCUGCGAUUCCUUGCUGUCCAUGCAUAUUUGGGCAUUGCUGUCACUCUGAUCAUCGUCACCAUUUGGUGUGUCAACCCCCGACGAAGAUCAUCAACAUCCAGUUCGGCGAAUUGCGGGAGCCAACCAGAGGUCAAGGAAAUCAAGGCAUCAUCGGGUCGUGUAAAGCUGGUUAGGACAGAGCUCACGGAAGGAUCACAUCCAAAGAGGUUCAGUCAAAACCUAGUCCUCGCCACGCCCACCUCGAUGCACAAACUGUCACAUUCACUUUCAAGUGCAUACACCAAAGUCCCGCACCCGUCUAGGCAUCCACAGACAAUGGAUGGCGAUCAGAACAAUCAACACAGCCAUCGAAGUGAUCCCGAAGCUACAGCAUCACGUGGCACCAGCCAGAAGCCCAUGUCAUCCUCAAGUUCAAGUUCGAGUUCUACUCUCGAUCAGCUUCACGGACAUAUGCCACCUUCCAAGACCUUUACCAGUAGCGAUGGAACAACCAGCCCAGGUUUAACGAGUAGGGAAGGGGGGAGGGGACCAAAACAUCUGCAUACAGAAUCCCGUCAGAUCGAUGGGUUCGGGAUAUCAACUGCUCAGAGGGAAAAUAACGAAUUGCACGGUGUGUCUGUUGGUGAGCCUAGACUACACUUUACAACGCCUCCACCUCCACCACCUUUGACACCGCCAACCCUGGACAAGACGGCCUUUGCCUUUCAGCACCGUCAGCCCACAUCUGUGGUAUUAAUUCCACCAGGGUUGGACGGAAGCUUUAUCCAUCAGCCUGAUCUGAACUACAUCGGUCACACCUCGUCUUUUGACAUCCCCAGCUCGAUUCCUGCCGAUGCGGCGGCGAUACCGCGUCGAAGAUCAUACACAAAGAGUGUGCCAGUUGGUGUACCUAUACCCAGCAGCAGCUCUUCUUUAUCAAGGGGAACUACUGUAACAUCUUCGUCAGCAUUUCAUCCAUCCAGCGAUCUGCCACCAUCACCACUAUUCCCGCGACCUCCACCAGUUUCCCAAGACUAUCAGUUCGUUGGAGGACAUAUGGAACAUCGCGCGUCAGUCGGCAAUCGGCACCAGAAUGAGACCGAGGUUCAUGGGGAAAUCAUCUCUGUUAUCAAUGACGAUGGGCACGGUUGGCAACGACACACACAGGUGUAUGGUGGGGGUGUCUGUCUCGCAUGUCUGGGAAAUGAAGGCGGAUUCUAUGGUCCAAAUGUACCACUCGAGGAUCGACGAUAUUAG